UGCAGGCCGGACCGCUGUAGAGGUGGACCGAGUGCUUCCGUGUGUGUGCUGUUGAAUGAGUGCAUGAGAUCUCCCAGUGAUGAGAGUGCUUCGGGAGUCCAGCCUCUUGCCAUUCAGACAUUUCCCAUGCCCCGUGGAACUGAUGGGCUACGGUGUCCUCUGAUCUGCCAUACACCUCUCUUUUCUAGGAAGUCACCUUGUGUGUCCGCAUGGCCUCGCUGGUGGCAUAUGAUGAUUCUGACUCAGAGACUGAGACCGAGCCUGCCAGAACUGUGAACCCUGAAGGUCAGAUGGAUGAUACCUUUGAUGUGCCCAGACCUUCUGGAACGGGUUUUGUAUCUGGUACAGUGGAUGUGACAAAAGAGGGGGUACAACACACAGGGCACAGUCCUUAUAAAGACCCGGGGGAUCAACAUCUGCCACUCGCUCGGAUCUGGAGAAGUCACCCAGGAUCUUGUCCCAGCCAGAGGCUACAGUGGCCCUCAAAGGACCCUGAUACCACCUUCCCCACCAGUGAGCCUCCUUGUCCUUUGUGGAUGAGCCGAGCUCCAGCCGGCCUUGUGCCCUUGGCAGCUGCCUGCUUAAAGCCAGUAAAACCUGCUUGGGAUGCCCUGCAUUCACCUUCUCAGACUCAAAGCAAAGUUGAAAGCACCGCUAGAAAUGCCAGCUCUUUUCAGAGGAAAAGAGGUGAGGACUGUGUGGUUCCCUAUACUCCCAAGAGACUGAGGCAGCUGCAGGCACUGAAUCCAGAAGGGGGCAAAGAUCUAGAGCCUCCAGGACCCCCUGCAGGGUGUGCCCCAGCCCCACUCUCUGUGGCUCCCACUGUGUCUGAGUUCAUCCAGCCAUAUUUGAACAGUCAGUACAGAGAGACUAAGGUCCCCAAGAAAGUGCUUUUCCACCUGCGAGGCCACAGGGGCCCUGUCAACAGUAUUCAGUGGUGUCCAGUCUUUUGUAAAAGCCACAUGCUUCUCUCUGCUUCCAUGGAUAAAACCUUCAAGGUGUGGAAUGCUGUGGACUCGGGGCACUGCCUGCAGACCUACUCUGUGCACAGUGAGGCGGUACGGGCAGCGCGGUGGUCUCCCUGUGGCCGGCGCAUUCUCAGUGGUGGCUUCGACUUUGCCCUGCACCUAACAGACCUCGAAACAGGGACCCAAGUAUUUAGUGGUCGGAGUGACUUCAGAAUCACCACCUUGAAAUUUCAUCCAAAAGAUCACAACGUCUUUUUAUGUGGCGGCUUCAGCUCUGAAAUCAAAGCUUGGGACAUGAGGACUGGCAAGGUGGUGAGAGGCUAUAAGGCAACCAUCCAGCAGACCCUGGACAUCCUCUUCCUCCAAGAAGGGUCUGAGUUCCUGAGCAGCACUGAUGCAUCCACUCGAGACUCAGCUGACCGAACCAUUAUUGCCUGGGAUUUCCGGACUGCUGCCAAAAUAUCGAACCAAAUUUUCCAUGAGAGGUACACCUGCCCCAGCCUCGCCUUGCAUCCGAGGGAACCGGUCUUCCUGGCACAAACCAAUGGCAACUACCUGGCUCUCUUCUCCUCUGUGUGGCCCUAUCGGAUGAGCAGACGGCGGCGCUAUGAAGGGCACAAGGUGGAAGGCUACGCUGUGGGCUGCGAGUGCUCCCCAUGUGGUGACCUGCUGGUGACAGGCAGCGCCGAUGGCCGGGUUCUGAUGUUCAGCUUCCGCACUGCCAGCCGGGCGUGUACGCUACAAGGGCAUGCUCAGGCCUGCCUUGGCACCACCUACCACCCCGUGCUGCCUUCUGUCCUUGGCACCUGCUCCUGGGGAGGAGACAUCAAGAUCUGGCACUAACUGGCAGCUGAGACCCUGCCCCUGGGUCUCUGAAGUUGACUGGAGGUUAGGCAAGUGCAGGGGCUGCCCCCACACUGGGCCUCAGUGACUUGUCUGUAAAAGGAGGGUGAGAAGUGUCUCAGGAUGUAAGGGCUGCAUUAGUAAAGGCAUUUGCCAAAUGGCUGGUGAUGCCCAACCAA